UCGAGGCUACUCACUGAUACGAUGUCAUGGCUAGGUCAAGAAGCCUCAGGCCUCAAUCAUGGGUCGAGAUAAGUGCAAUCGCCAAUAUAGCGUAGAGAUCCAUAAGUACCGGGUUCUCAGCGGUCCAGGAGCUCGAGGCGGCCUUCAACUUCCCACAGAUUACUUGAGCUGCCCCGUAUGACUAUCGACACCGUACCCUUGCCUUUGCCACCCACCCUUGAUGCGUCGAAGUUCCAGUGGUUCGGAAGAGAAGUGAGAGGCGUAGACCCAAGUGCUAUUGACCCCGACUCGGAGCAGUUCAAGGAGAUUGAACAGCUGCUCUACAAGCACAGCGUUCUUCUGUUCAGGAACGCGAUUCUCAGUCCUGAACGGCAGUAUGCAUUGACGAAGGCUUUCGAUCCCACCUCCGAGAACUUCGGGCACGGCAACAACAAGAUUGAGAAGGACAAACAGAACAUCCUCAAUCGCACACUGCGCAGUAUCCCGCGCGUCCCGCAAGUACAGCUCAUCGGUAAUGGGACCGUCUAUGACUACGAGGGCUUCCCCGAGAUGCGCCUCGAGCACGCGUCUCACCACACAUGGCACAAGACGCACCUGUCGCCCGAGGACGAGGCCGCGGGCUACACACGCUUCGUGCGGUGGCACAUGGACGCUGCGCUCUACGAGUUCCAGCCCCCGCGGGUGACGACGCUCUACGGGCGCAUCGUGCCGAAGGGCCCGAAGCAGGUCGUGCGGUAUGACGACGGCACGGGCGACGAGCUGGAGAUGCCCCUCGCGGCGACGGCGUAUGCGAGCGGGAAGGUGAUGUUCGAGCUGCUGCCGAGGGAGCUGAAGAGCGUCGCGGUAAGGGGGAGGGUCAAGUACGCGCCGCACCCGUACGUUUGGGUGUCCACUGCGAAGGCGAAGUCGACGGCGCUGGGGAUGGAGGCGGAGGGUAAGGAGGUUCCGCUUGACGAACUUCCGGGUUGGGAGGAAUCAAAGAUACAGGUCACGCCUAUGCUGUGGAAGAAUCCGGUGACGGGCAACCUACAUUUGCAAGUACACCCGUACUGCGUUGCCGAGAUAUUCGUCGAUCCUCUAUCGGAGGGCGCAAGAAGAGAUGGCGCGCUGUAUCCGGACGGUGCUCAUCUGACGGAUCUGAAAGAGGUGCGAGACUUGCUGUACAAGAUGCAGAGGCCUGCGAUCUCGCCGCAGUAUGUGUAUCCACAUGAUUGGCAUGAGAACGACUUGAUCAUCUUCCACAACCGCGGCGUGCUUCACUCGGUAACCGGCACACUACAACCUGACCAAAUCCGUGCAUAUCACCAAUGUAACCUUGCCGCAUCGGAUAGCCCUGUCGGCCCGGAUGAAGAAGACAUACGGAAGUGGGCGUAGGUUCCUGUGGGUUCCUCUUGCCGAUCCACAUGGAACGACGUGGUAGAGCGGCCAAAGACUUGCUGUAUUGUGUCUCGUGUAUCCUAUGAAAUGGAUUGUCGAAAAAAUCCCAGCUAGGCAACGACAACUGGCGUAGACCUAAGAAAAUUGAGGAGAGCCUGACUCGGAGGUUGGCGUGACA